AUGGAGAGGCAAGAUGAGGUGGUAGUGGCAUUAUGUGCAGCAGCGGCUGCUCAGUAUCCGGCCUCGGAGUACGGGAUACCUGGAGUAGGAUUCGCUCCCGCUCCGUCUAGAAGUCCUUCUGGACCUGGUUUCGGCCCUGCCCCUGGUUCUCCAGGAUUUGCUCCUGCCCCCGCGUUUCCUGGAUUUGCCCCUGCUCCGUCUAGAAGUCCUGUAGCACCUGCUACAGCUCCGUCCGGACCCGGUUUCGCUCCUGCUCCUGGAUUCGCCCCUGCUCCCUCUGCUCCAGGAUUCGCUCCUGCUCCGAACGCUCCAGGAUUCGCUCCUGCUCCAAACGCUCCAGGAUUCGCCCCUGCCCCCACCGCCCCAGGAUUCGCCCCUGCCCCUAGUUUUGCACCUGCUCCUUCUUCUCCAGGAUUUGCCCCUGCCCCCACCGCUCCAGGAUUCGCCCCUGCUCCCACCGCCCCAGGAUUUGCCCCUGGCCCUAGUUUUGCACCUGCUCCUUCUUCUCCAGGCUUUGCUCCUGCUCCCACCGCUCCAGGAUUCGCCCCAGCACCUACCGCACCGGGAUUCGCUCCCGCCCCGUUUCCUAAAGCCCCAGGUGCCCCUGGCGCUCCUGGUGCGCCUGGCUUCCCUGGCGCUCCUGGUGCCCCUGGCUUUCCUGGCACUCCUGGUGCCCCUGGCUUCCCCGGCGCUCCUGGUGCCCCUGGUUUCCCUGGUACGCCUGGUUUCCCUGGCACCCCUGGUGCCCCUGGCACCCCUGGCGCACCUGGAGCCCCAGGUUUCGCACCUCCCUCAAACGGCCCCACUGGCCCCGCAUUCUUCCCUGCUCCCACUGCUCCUGGAUUAUCUCCUGCUUCUCAGUACAGUCCGGUCCCACUAAAGGAGGGAGGUUCUCUUAGUCCUGAACAGUCCGCACCUCCCGCACAGCCCACCUUGACUCUUCCAGAGAACACUCGUCUUUCUGUCACUGACGACCGAGGGCAAUACACUCAUGCGUUCUCCGACAAGAACGGUACGCAGGUGAGUGAGCAGGGAAGUCUGUUGUCGACCAAUGAGGGAUGGGAGUAUGUGAUCGUCAAGAAAGGCUCGUACUCCUACGUGAGCCCUGAGGGCGAGAGGAUCACUGUCAACUACCUGGCUGAUCACAACGGCUUCCACAUCCUGCCAAACCCUUGA